UUUAUUGUGCCAAACAAACAAGCUCAAGAAACUUAGCAAGCUGUUCAGUCUUAACAGGCAUACAAUCACUGAGACACUCCCUGAUCCAUGUCCACAACAAAAAGGUUUCCUUUGGCUCGUUUGAUCCCACACUGAGUGACAAUGGCCAGUUUCCUUCUCUCUACCAAGUGGCCCCAAAGGAGGCAUCUCUGGCCCUUGGCAUGGUGUCCUUGAUGCUUCAUUUCCGCUGGACCUGGGUGGGCCUGCUCAUCACAGAAGGCCACAAGGGUCUUCAGUUUCUCUCAGAUAUAAGAGCCGAGAUGGACAGGAACAGAGUCUGUGUAGCCUUUGUGAAAUUCAUUCCAACUCCUCUGGUGUCAUACACCUCAAAUCUAUGGACUUAUGACAUCCUGACAAGAGAAACAUCACUAGUGAACGUGGUUGUCAUUUACUAUGACACUGCUGGUGUAAGUGAAGUAAACUAUAACAUAGGGCAACAUUUAGUGACAUGGAGAGUCUGGGUGACAAACUCACAAUGGCAGGCUGACACUGCUGGGACCAAUUUCAUCCUUGACUCAUUCCAUGGGACUCUCAUUUUUUCAAAUCACCACGAAGAGAUUUCUGGUUUUAAAAAUUUUGUCCAGGCAGCCAACCCUUUCAAGUACCCAGAAGACACUUAUCUUACUAUAUAUUGGUACAAAAAUUUCCAUUGCUCGUUCUCUGAUUCUGACUGUGCAUUGAAGAACUGUAUACCUAAUGCCUCUCUGGCAUGGUUACCUGUGAGUCUUUUUGACCUGGCCAUGAGUGAUGUGAGUUACAAUAUAUACAAUGCUGUCUAUGCGGUGGCCCAUGCCCUCCAUGAGAUGCUUCUUCAACAAGUACAAAGACCACUAGUGGAAGGUAAACAAGUGAUGGAGUUUUCUGCCUGGCAGCUCCACCCCUUUCUAAAGAAUAUGCAAUUUAAUAAUCUUGCUGGAGACAAAGUGAACUUGGAUGACAGAAGGAAGUUGCAUGCAGAGUAUGACAUUCUCAAUUCUUGGAAUUUUCCUGAAGGCCUUAGACUCAAGGUCAAUGUAGGAAUAUUUUCCCCACGAGCUCCACUUGACCAGCAGUUGUCUUUAUCUGCUGACAUGAUAGAAUGGGCCACAGCGAUAACAGAGACUCCCCACUCUGUAUGCAGUGAGAAUUGCAAUCCUGGAUUUAGGAAAUCCCCUCAAGAGGGAAAGCCUGCCUGCUGUUUUGACUGCACCCCUUGCCCAGAGAAUGAGAUCGCCAAUGACACGGACAUGGAGCAGUGUGUGAAGUGCCCAGAUCGUCAGUACGCCAACACUCAGAGAAACCACUGCCUGCAAAAAGCUGUGACUUUUCUGGCUUAUGAAGACCCCUUGGGAAAAGCUCUGACUGGCACCGCCCUUAGUCUCACUGUCCUUACAGCUGCUGUUCUUGGACUCUUUGUGAAGCACCGAGACACUCCCAUCGUCAAGGCCAACAACCGGGCUCUCAGCUACACCCUGCUCAUCUCCCUCACCUGCUGCUUCCUCUGCUCCUUGCUCUUCAUUGGCCGGCCCAGCACAGCCACCUGCAUCCUGCAGCAGACCACAUUUGGAGUGGUGUUCACUGUGGCAGUUUCCUCUGUCUUGGCCAAAACCAUUACUGUGGUGCUGGCCUUUAAGGUCACUGCUCCAGGCAGAAGGGUGAGGCAGUUGCUGGUAUCAGGGGCUCCUAACUCCAUCAUCCCCAUCUGCUCCCUGAUCCAACUCACUCUCUGUGGAGUCUGGAUGGGGACAAAUCCACCCUACAUUGACACAGAUGCUCACUCUGAACAUGGCCACAUCCUUAUCAUGUGCAACAAGGGCUCCCUCACUGCCUUCUACUGUGUGCUGGGAUACCUGGGCUCCCUGGCCCUGCUGAGCUUCACCGUGGCUUUCCUGGCCAGGAACCUGCCCGACACGUUCAAUGAAGCCAAGUUCCUGACGUUCAGCAUGCUGGUGUUCUGCAGUGUGUGGGUCACCUUCCUCCCCGUGUACCACAGCACCACGGGGAAGGAUGGUGGCCCUGGAGGUCUUCUCCAUCUUGGCCUCCAGUGCGGGGCUGCUAGGCUGCAUCUUUGCCCCUAAGUGCUACAUCCUUUUGUUAAGGCCAGAGAGAAAUUCUCUGCAUGAGUUCAGAGAUAAAAUGUAUUUUGUAAGAA